GUCGAUGGAUUAGCGAGAUAGCCUUUGAGGUUUCAGCUGCAGAACGCCAACAAGGUUGAACAAGCAGGGGGGGCUUUAUUUUUCGAGGCCCCUCCCGGCUCGGAGGAGGACCCAGAGCGAGGAUGGAGGCCGUGGCCUUGUACAACUUCCAGGCUGAUGAGAAGGACGAAUUGCCAUUUAAGAAGGGCGACACCCUGAAGAUCCUGAACAUGGAAGAUGACCUGAACUGGUACAAAGCCGAACUCUUCGGCACCGAAGGAUUCAUCCCCAAAAACUACAUCAAAAUGAAACCUCACCCGUGGUAUUCCGGAAAGCUGUCCAGGCAAGCAGCUGAGGACGUUCUCUUGAAACGUAAUUUCCAGGGAGCUUUCCUUAUCCGGGAAAGUGAGAGCAGCCCAGGAGAUUUCUCCAUCUCAGUGAACUAUGGAGAUCAAGUGCUGCACUUCAAGGUACUGAGAGAAAAGAAAGGGAAGUACCAUCUCUGGGACGAGAAGUUCAACUCCAUCAAUGAACUGGUGGAUUUCUACAGAACUACCACCAUUGCCAAGAAAGCGCAGAUUUUCCUCAGGGAUCAUGCGGAAAUGCAGGAGCCGAAAAAGCCAAAAUUCGUCCAGGCUCAAUUCAACUUCACGGCCAAAAGCCCAUCCCAGCUGAGCUUCUGUCGAGGGGACGUCCUUGAGAUCCUGGACUGCUCUGAUCCCAACUGGUGGAAAGGGAGGAUUGGCGUGAAGACGGGCCUAUUCCCCAGGAACUAUGUCUUCCCACUGCGCAUGUGACCCGCUUCACCUGCGUUCUCAUCGGAGGCUUCUUCUGAAGCAGCCAAUCAAAAUCUCCCUGAGCAGAAGUCCUGUGGAACAUCUAUGGAAUGACCGCCCCACUUGGAACCUUUUUCAGAAGUGGACCAAAAAGUGGACCUCUCAUGUGACAAGUGGUGGUGUAAGGGAGUGGCCUUCAACAUUUCCUCGCCCACAACCAGGGAUGUGGGAGAAACUUGAUUUUGUUUGCAUUCGAAUGAGAAACCACCUGAUUUGUGCUUCUCGAACCAAUCUGCAAACCGAAACACAGCCAUCCUUGGAAAUUCAUGUUUCUUCCCAUUUUGAGACUCAGUUGUUCAACCAGCAUAUAUAAAAGUGGAAAAUGUGCUCUUCAUUGGUUUUUCUAAGAUAAAGAGACAGAAGAACCACAGGGAAAAUGCAGAAUGACAAUGACUGGAUGACAGUGCCAUGUGGAUGCCCCGUAAUAAGUGAGUGAAUGAAGGGUGGCAAUCCCACACUAAACACUGACAGAGAAAGCACUCCUCCAUUGGUUUGGUGCCAGUUGAAUCAUCACAGUUUCCCCUGAAGAAUCCUGGGAAUUGUAGUUUUACUGACAUCUGCUCUGUAGCCUCACCCUUAAACAGAACUAGAGUUCCCAGCAUUCCCUGGGAAUGAACGAAUGACUGUGAAACCAAUAUCAAGUUCCAUUAUUGUAUGGGCGCAUCCAUGGCAAUUCCCUCUCAUUUCUUUUGCAUUAUAUUUCCUCUUCGUCUGUCCCAGGUUGCUGGAUGAUUCAAACAAGUUGGGUUUGUGUCAGCAAAACCCACAGGGACAUUGGUAGGCUGGAAGUAAUGAACCCCUGAAUCUAAUCCAAUGGAUUGACCAAGAAUUUGGGGACACUGUUUCCAUCGGAGGAUGGGGUUCCCUUGUGUGGGAUCUUCUAGGGACCACACUUCAGUCCUGGGG